UUGUUUUCCAUUCUGUUCUCCAAGCCGGUGUGUUGUUUCCACAGUACUGUGACAUCUUGUGUGUACCCUGACCUGUAGGUACAACGUGAGCUGUAGCCACCAGUUCCGCUUGAAAAGGAAAAAAAUGAAGGAGUUUCAGGAAGCCAGCUAUGCACGUGUUCGGAGGCGUGGGCCGCGCCGCAGCUCCUCUGACAUUGCUCGUGCCAAGAUCCAGGGCAAACGCCACCGGGGUCAAGAGGACUCUAGCCGGGGCUCAGAUAAUUCCAGCUAUGAUGAAGCACUCUCCCCAACAUCUCCUGGGCCACUGUCAGUGAGAGCUGGGCAUGGGGAACGUGACCUCGGAAAUACCAUUACAGCCCCACCCACACCAGAGUUACACGGCAUCAACCCUGUGUUCCUGUCUAGUAAUCCUAGCCGGUGGAGCGUUGAGGAGGUCUAUGAGUUUAUUGCUUCUCUGCAAGGUUGUCAAGAGAUUGCCGAAGAGUUCCGUUCCCAGGAGAUUGAUGGACAGGCCCUUUUAUUACUUAAAGAAGAACAUCUCAUGAGUGCCAUGAACAUCAAAUUAGGCCCUGCCCUCAAGAUCUGUGCCAAGAUCAAUGUCCUCAAGGAGACCUAAGGUGGCCCUCUGCUAAGGCAGAUGCCCCAAAUAUCCAGUUUAUAAAAUCUGGGCCAGCAGACUUUUCAGUAAAGAGCUGUUCCUAUUGUGUGACCCUUGUGGGGAGUAUGAAGACAACUGAGUACUGGUUGCUGGUGCUACAUGGUGGCAGCUUUGACAUUUUCUCUGGGUUUCACUUAAAACAAAACCAACACAAAAAUCCUUUCUCUCACACCUACGCUAAUCUAGUUUCUAAGCAGGCAAACAGACUAGGACUGCUCAGCCUUAUCCUGGAGUGGAGUGACUAGCCAGGGUCUCACUUCUCCAAGGACAAAUGUCUCUCAUGGUAAGGCAAGGAAAUGAGUGACUGUAGGCUUGCCUCCCCAGUGGAGAGGUCGCUUUUCCUAGCUUAUGUGACACAAGUAGCAGAUCCUGGUGCUCUUCUCUGGACUGUUUCAUUGUGGCUAUAGCUCAGUUUUCUGUUAUAAUUUUCUCCCUUAGUACUGAGUAUUUCUUCCUGCACUCAUGGCAGAGUCACCAGCCAUUGUAGACACUUGGCUGGUGUCUGAUUUGCUGCAGGGACUAAAAAGUGUUUGACUGGCACAUGUGUGGCUGCUGUCAUUCUUUCUGCAUCCCUGCUCCCUUCCAAUUUGUUACCAUCUUCAACCUUACCUUUCUUUAACAUUCAACUCUGCUCUGCCCUAUAGCUUUACAAAACAGAAGUGUGUGGGGCCGAGGUAGGACUGUAAACACCUGCCUUUGGCACUAUUCCUUAUACAACAAAAUAUUAAAUAUUUUUUCUUCCUCAGUAAAAGGAUGAAAAUUGGUCUCCAUCGCCUUACUGUACUCCACACUCUCCUCCUCAACACAAAUGACAAAG